CUAUGUGUCAUAUUAGCAAAGAAAACGUUCAGCGCGAGCUUCACUAUGAGCGAAAUUUCUUUAUAGGCCGACGUAAAUUUUUAGCCGAAAGAGUGGUAGCAACUUUUCCAUAUAAAUGUAGCUGGUUUGAUAGUGUAAGCUCAGCUUAUUUGUUAAUUACGCUUAGAAAUAAAAUGUUUGUGAAACACGUGAAUCAGCACAACGAGAGAGCAAUGAAGUGUUCUACAAGCAAUGAACAGCUGUUCCAGGCAUGCAACUCGAAGUUCCUUAUCAGUGUUAUGUAAGGUCAGGGAGUAACAUAACGCCAAUGAAACGAACAUCGAUGUCAUCAUCGAAAUCAGUACAGUCUUCUGCAAAUCAAGUAAUAUGCGGACAAGAGAAAAGGUUGUUUUAUAUUUAUUGUUGUUACAGUUUUGGUGUAAGAAUUCUUGGAAAUGUGAAGGCACUGUUUAGUCAGUGAGUACAGAACUAAAAACUCCUGUGCACGAUACAUAACCUUGCAUUUACAAUCUAGUUUUCUUCAUGUCCUGCCUUUUCAAAGGAGCUGACACAAUUUUGUGUAUGUAGUAGUAAGGGUAAGACUAGUCGACCUAUUAUCACACAUUUUAUUUUAAGGUUAAUUUUCAAGAUGAAUUCAACUGCAGAUUAUAGCAUCAUUGUAUGACCAUGUGCUUGAUAAGUGAAGGGACACCUCUUCUAUCAUAUCAGCAAGUACAGUCUUCAUCAGCUGACAACAUGACAGAUGUGUUUUGUAUAUGUCACAGAUUUUCUAAUCGUAAAUUCUUAGUAGAUAUAUUGGCCAUUCUCUUUGGUAUUUCAGCAUGGUUAUCUGUAAAUGGUACAUUUGUGCAAUUACCAUUACUGGUACAGUCACAGCCAGAAGGCUGGAGUCUACCAUCUUAUAUUGCUGUAAUCAUUCAGAUUGCAAAUGUAGGGCCAAUUCUUUACAGUAUUUCACAAAAGCUUUUCCCUGGAAAAAUAAAAGACAGUUGGAUAAUUUAUGUAAUUCUCAUACUUGGUAGUACAGCGUUGUUACUGAUGGCAUUUUUUUAUCAUGAAACUAGUUUUAUUAGUGAUGGGCAGUAUAGUACUGCGCUUUUUGUUCUCAUCUUCGUUGGCGCAUUGGUUGGGUGCACAAGCUCCGUACUGUUCAUGCCCUUUAUGGGGAAUUUUCUUGAAAUUUACCUCAUAUCUUACUUCAUAGGGGAAGGGCUUAGUGGAUUUUUACCUAGUGCAGUGGCACUGAUACAGGGUGUUGGUGGAAAUCCUGUUUGUAUUCCUGAUUCUAAAAACGUUUCUGUGCCUUAUACAGAACCACCUAAUUUUUCAAGUGAAUCAUUUUUCAUCUUUCUUUUUGUUGUGAUGACUUUAAGUACAAUAUCUUUCUUUCUUUUAAACAAUCUCGGAUAUUGUCACAGCGAAAGGACUGAUUCCCAGACCAGAUCUCAGGCACUCGGCAUGGAGUAUAUUAAAACAGCUGAAGGUUCUAGAAGCAAUCGUGCUCCUGCACAUAGUCCAAUUUUUACUGUUAGAGAAGAUGUGGAAGUGUUAAUGAAAGAUCCAGAAACCUCCAUGGUCCAUCCGAAAUUACAUAAUGCUCAUCGAAAUACACAUCUGCAUGGAAAUGCAGCUGCGAAAGAUGACGUUGCCACAACCAAUUCCUUCUCUUCCGAGUUGUCCGCAGACAAGCGACCUUCUUUAUCGCAGUCUGUGUAUAUUUAUUUUCUAGUUUUGUCAGCGUGGGUGUGCAUGUUUGGCAAUGGUAUUUUCCCAAGUAUUCAGUCAUAUUCAUGUCUUCCUUAUGGUAACGUUGCGUAUCAUCUCUCUGUGACUUUGGGAAGCAUGGCCAAUCCAAUGGCUUGCUUUUUAGCAUUUUUUUACCCAUACUCAUCAGUAAGGACUAUAUCCAUACUAACAUUAUCGAGUACUAUCAUCACGGGGUACAUCAUGGCUACGGCGCUUCUCAGUCCGGUACCUCCGCUUAUGAACACACCAGGAGGAGAAGUUCUUGUGGUGUUGACAUGGGUGAUCGUCACUGGUCUCAUCACAUAUAUAAAAGUGUCUAUUGCAUCAGUAUUGCGCUUAGAAGGUGGCCGUGCGUUAUUCUGGUGUGGAGCUGUUCAGCAGAUGGGAUCAGCUGUCGGUGCCCUCAUAUUUUUCUUUAUCAUCAAUUUCACAGACACUUUCACAUCUUACUCUCCGUGUGAAUGACGUAUGAUGUAAUUUAAGUUUUGUAAUUUGACUCGUCUCUGCCCCAACGCAUCGAACCUGUAUUUCACUGAGUGGUAGAAGAAACGAUGCAGAGCAGCAGCUUCUUGUGGGAACUGAAAAUGCGGUUAGGGUUGUCAGCAGUAAUUAGUAUGUUUAAUUUAUUAAUUCGUUAACCACCAGCCCAUUAUAAGCCUCGGCUGUGUAACCAGUCAUCAUUACCACUGACAUUUCCGCGAUUUUCCUCAACUGGUCCAAGCUUGUAUGGUACAAUUAAUUAGGCCAUGACUGUCUCCUUCCAAAUGUUUAUCCAUUCACUGUUCACAAGCAAAUCAUUUAAUGUACUGCUUUGAAACUAACUAACAACUGCAGUGAGUAAAAUGUUCCUCUUGAGCUGCCACUCAGGAAAGCUGUUAAAGUGUAGCCUACAAUUUCAUGUAAAAAUAAAGUAAAUACAAGCAGAGUGGCUAAAGAUUUGGUGUCAGCAUGAAGUAUAAAUGUUUAUUUCAGUGUGGCCGUAAGUUUAACUCUGAAAUGUAAGUGGUCUUCUGGUUAUUUUCAACUUUUUAUUUAUUUUGUAAGGUGCAACAUCUCCGUAUUUAAACGUGGUCAUAGUUUUCAAUACUGAAAUGUGCUAUACACAGUAAUUUUGUCUUUAAUACAUUUAGCAGUGUGCUUUGUUUCUUGACCUUGAACAAUUAAUUUCUGUCACUGAAGCAUAAAAAUUAAUAUACUGUGGUGCAUUUUUGAGAAUAUGAAAAAUAGCAUAGAUAUGACAUUUUGUCACUUGUCCUUCAAGUGAAGGUUACCGAGAGCUGUACAUGCUUGCCUAGUUUAUACCACGUGAGUUUACUGUGUUAUAAGAGAUUCAAAUUAAAAAAUAAAGACUUUUUUAACUGUG